GAGCCGCUCGGCGGUUCCGGGCGAGGUCCGGAUCAUGGCGGUGGACGACGCGGGCCAGCGACUGGAGGCGGGUCGUCUGACGCUGGGCGCGAAGGCGGCGGUCGAGUUCGAGAUCGAUGCGCUGGAGUCCGGGAACACGUCGCUGGGUCUGACGGGGACGGGCCCCGGGGAGGGCGACUGGCGUCUGGAGCUGACGACGGAGCUGGACAUCGAGGCGCGGGCGUACGCGCGGUCGGAGGGUUUUCUGACGGCGCUGCACGACGCGGCGCUGGUGGCGGGCGAGGUCGAGCUGCCGCUGUUCCACCCCGGCGGCGACGCGCGG